GUGAGGUAGAACCUCGCUCAUCUAGUCAAAACAUGAUACACGGAGUAGUAUUUUCCGAAACUUGAGGGAUAUAUCAAAUCUUAAUCACACAAUUUUUUACAUGAUCGAAUUUUUCGAGUUUGACAAUAAUUACAUAUACUCAGAAAAUAAGAAAUAUAACAAUCCUAUUUUUGGAAUUCUCAGAAGUUUUCACUCCUAUUUCCGAAAAUUUCAUUCUUUUUAGUUUUUUAAUCCAGACCUUAAUCAAAGCAGACAAUUUCCAAUGUGACGGAGCUAUUAUAUGGUUUGCAUCUUCAAAUGGACUUAAAAGCCUUCCGCCGGUAAACUCAUGUAUUUUUAAGAAAGAAAGUCAAAAGGCUAAGAUGUGGGAGAACUUACUUCCAUAUACUCCCUAAAAUCACUAUUUAAAGACCACAAAACUCAUGUAUUUUUAAGAAAGAAAAAGUCAAAAAGAUGUGGGAGAACUUGCUUUCGUAUAGUUCUUAAUUAAAAUCACUAUUUAAAGACCAUAAAACUCAUUAUAACUUUGCCCUUUUGUUGUGGAGGUUGAGCAAUGCUUCAAGAAGUUAUAAUCAACAAGUGAAAUUUCUGAAAGAUUGGAUUGAAGUCCACCUCAAUGACGCACAGAAGACUCUUCAGAAACCUAUGCUCUUAGGCGAGUUUGGCAAGGAUGCGAAUGAACCCGAUUUCACCGUCGCAAAUGUAUAGGGACAAUUUCAUGAGGACCGCUUACGCCGCCGUAUACUCAUCCGCCAAGACCGGAGGUGCGGCGUCCGGCAGCUUGUUCUGGCAAAUGAUGGUCGAAGAUUUGCCUAAUUACCAGGACGGACUUUCGAUCAUCCUCAGCCAGAAUACCUCCACAAAUGACCUUAUAUAUCAAGAGUCACAGCGGCUCGCCGGUCUUCGUAAAAUGUAUGCCGGGCUUAAAAACACAGAGUGGAAGAAGAAGAAGAAGAAUAAGACUAUGGGGGUGGCCGCUAGAGAAAUUCAUGGAAAUGGCAACAGCAAUUGAUGGAAGAAGGAGAAGAAAUUAAACUCAACUAAAACGAAUUCGACCACAUUAAUUAAUUAAAGAAACGUUACGUUACCAUGUUUUCUUAUUUUAAUUAUUCCUGCCUCCCUAUUUAAUGGUUUUAUACUAGUACAUUUAUUUAUGGAUGGUUUUUAUACAUUGUUAACGC